UUUAUAUAUUUGGAUCACUUUGCUGAGCAGUGGGUUUGAGUGAAUAGUGAAACGAACUGAGCUCUGUUUAUACUUGACAGUGUUUCUGUCAGCAGAAUGCUGUAAUCUUACCUGUUAAUGAUGCAUUUUAACGUCAUAUAACGCGUUAUAGUGUUAUAUAAUAAGACCUGAGUGUGUAAUCAGAGAAGCGUCAUGCAGCGUCUGUGAAAAGAGGAUAAAUAGGAUAAAUAGGACUUUUCUGUCGUACUGUACUGCACUUUUAAUUUACUGUUUGGCUUCAGUUGUUGUUUAAAGACCCUACAUUUCUUUCUAAGUUAAAUCAGUUAAUCUGAUCUGUUUUAUACCAAGAUGCCUGGCAUGGUGAGCCUCAUUGCAGCUGUUCUUGUGGCGCAUAUUAUGUCUGUAAGCUGCUCAGAAGAAACCAUCAACCCCGAUGUUGUCAAAGCGGCCAAUUUUGCCAUCGAGUUCCACAAUCGCAUGACAAACUAUCCGUAUGCGUAUAAAGUCGUGGACAUCCUGUCUAACUCUGUUCAGAUCUACCCUCCAUCCCGGGUGAAGUUUUCCAUAAAAGUGCGAGCUGCACAGACGACCUGCAGAAACAAUGGAAGCAUGAACCUGGAGGACUGCAGCAUUAAAGCAAAUGCACAGAUGAUGAUCUGCAUCUUUGAUGUUCUGGCAGUUCCAGGAGAGAACGUGGUUCCUGAAUACGUUCUGUUGCAGCACUGUGUCUGAUGUGCUAUUCAUCAAACCGCACAAGUGACUUCACUGUAGUUGCUACACGUCUACAUGUGGCAUGCUGUUGUAGGAAGAUAGUCAACUGGGUGACAAAAUGUCUCUUGACGUUAUGCAGAAUUACUGUCCAUGCACUAUAGUUGAUCAUUUUUCUAUAAAAGGAUUCCAUGGAGUGUUUAUUCCUUUUAUUCCACAGCAGGAUAUCAUUUUCUAAAGUAUAACAUUCUGCGUAACAUUGAUUUUUUUAUUUAUUUGAAUGUUGAUACAAAUUUUAAGUUUUAGCAAUUUCGAAGCACUAAAAAUGGGGAUUCCUUUCAUAAAUGAUUGUUUCUUCAUAAAAAAAUACGUUGAAUCCAUUGAUUAUAUGCAGUUAUUAUGGAACGAGAAUUCAAAUUCAGUAGUGGCUGAAUUAUUGUAUUAUUUUAUUAGUUAAACGCUAGUUCAGAGAUCUAAUAGCACCUUUAGGCACUUAUUUACAAGCACUUCAAUGCACUUAGUACAACAUAAAAGUGGCAUUAUUGUAUAUUAUUAUGUUCUUGUUGGGUUUCUGUGUAUGAAAUAAGCAGAAGUAGAUGGAAAGGGGGUCAUUUUUUUCAUUUACAGAGAUGCAGAAAAAGACAAAGAUGCAGACACAAAUACUGUGCAGAGUUUUUAAACAGUAUAUUUACCUUGUCCAUGAAAGUGUCUAGUUGAAUUGAGAAAUGUGUUUCAGAGGUUACAGCAGAUCAGCCGUGUGUCUAAAAAUACAUAUUGUAUAAAACAUGAAUAAUUGGAUCUAUGAAAUGUGGCUUGUUCUCUCUCUCUCUCUCUCUCUCUCUCUCUCUCUCUCUCUCUCUCUCUGUGUGUGUGUGUGUGUGUGUGUGUGUGUGUGUGUGUGUGUUUGUGGGCAUUCAAAAUACAUCACUGCUGUUAUUGUUGCAACUUGCAGUAAUCCUAAAAUAAAGAGGAAAAUACA